GGUGUCCGGGAAGGGGCGCUGGGGACCCAGCGGGGCCAUGCCAGGCCGUGCCGUGCCCAGGAUGCUGCUGCGCUCGUGGCGCUCGCUGUUCACGGGCCGCCUGCUGCUCCUCACCAACACCGUCAGCUGCGGGGGGCUCCUGGCAGCCGGGGACUGCCUGCACCAGGAGUGGCACCGCCGCAAGCACCCCCAGAGCCAGCUCCAGCUGGGACGCACUGGCAGGAUGUUUGUGGUGGGCUGCAGCCUGGGCCCCCUGAUGCAUUUCUGGUACCUGUGGCUGGACCGGGCGUUCCCGGCGCGGGGCGUGCGCUGCCUCCGCACGGUGCUGAAGAAGGUGCUCAUAGACCAGCUGGUGGCAUCGCCCUCCAUGGGAGCCUGGUACUUCAUGGCCAUCGGCACCCUGGAGGGCCAAUCUCUGCAGGAGAGCUGGGACGAGCUGAAGGAGAAGUUUUGGGAAAUGUACAAGGCUGACUGGAGCGUGUGGCCGGCGGCGCAGAUCCUGAAUUUCCUCUUCGUGCCACCCCCGUACCGUGUGGCUUAUGUCAACGUGGUGACCCUGGGCUGGGACACCUACCUGUCCUACCUCAAACACAGGCCCCGCAGCCCCGGGCAGGAGCCGCCACGGCAGAGCCAGAGCAGCGCCGGGGCCUAGAGAGGCACGAGGCCCUUGCAGAGCAUCCUGCAGAUGGAUUCAGAUGGAUUUCCGUGGAUUUCUGGCCUUUGUGGAGAGCCCCAGCUGAGGGAGGGCAUGGCCAGAGCCAGCCCCCUCCAUGUGCCUGCUGCUGAUUAACUCAUCUGCUAAUUACAGCCGUGGGUUGGGGCUGGAACAAUCUCUUGUUGCAGGAGAAGCUGUAAAGUGAUUUCUUCUGGGAUUUGCCCGCAGAGCCGGGGUGAGGAGGAGCUGCUGCUGGAUUUGUUCCCUCUGCAGAGCAAACCAGGCCCUUGCUGCUCCUGCAGCACCUUCCAGCCACCUGGAUCCCCACUAAGUGAAAGCUGGGAAGGAAUUCUUCCCUGUGAGGGUUGGAAUGGAAUCCCCAGAGCAGCUGUGGCUGCCCCUGGAUCCCUGCAAGCGUCCAGGGCCAGGUUGGAGCAGCCUGGGAUGGGAUUUCGGGUCAUUCCAACCCAAACCCACUCCCUGCUUCACUGUGGCUGCUCCUCUGCUCUCCCUGCAGCUCCUCUCCCCUUCCCCUCCUGCUUUUGCUCUUGCAGCUCAAGGAUAAAAUCACUGCACUCCCCCUGAGCUGCCUCAGCUCCCAUUUCCCCCCCGGCUCGGGCGGGGGCUGCAGCCACCUGGAUCCUCUAUAAAUAGGGAUGGAAACGGGAUGUGCUUGCACCCGCCGGCUCUGCAGAGCUCAGGGGGCGUUGGAGCCAAAUUUUGGCAGAGUUUGGGCCAUCACAUCCCCUCUGCUCCCAGCCCUGGGUGAGCUGGACACUCCCUGCAGAACCCAAGAACUGAAUUAUUUCCAGUGUCAAUGAAAAUUGCCUGAAUGGGGUUUUUUUAAUUUGAUUUUUGAAGCUGUGCCUUAAUGCUCUGCCCUGGUUGCUGCUGUCACACACCCAGAGGGACUCAGCUCCUCCCUCAGCAGCAGCAGGAGCCAUUUGGGGGACAAUGAUUUUAAAAAAAUCUGAUUAAUUUUGCUCCUUUCUGGCAACUCAGGGACCCCGAGGAACUUCUGAUCAGCAUUGGUUUAUUUCUUCACAACAUUUCUUUUAAUACAGUGAUUUUUAGGAAAUUGUA